AAUUCCUGUGAAUUGCAAAAAAAUGAAGACUAUAUUCGCACUUUAGUUUUACGAUUAAAUGCAAUUACACCUCAUAAUACAGUUUGUGAACAUGUUUUCUCUAUUCUAAACUGGUAUAUGGAAAAACAUCAUACAAAGAUUAAUAUAUCAUAUCUAGAAAGUAUGGCACAAAUUUACUUAUACCUUGUUACUAAUGCAAGAAAUGAACUUAAGUUUGUUAAAUCAGAAAUUUCACAAGACAAAUUAAUGCAAGUUUUUGAUGAAAUCACAUAUGCUAUGAUAGAAGAGUGUGAUAUGUUUGAUGGUAAUAAUGAAAAUGACUAUAAGGAAGAAGAAUUUGCUUAUGAAGAAUCGAAUAAAGAAGAAUUGUCAGAUGCUGAAAAUGAAAAUAUUUCGCAAUUAGAUAUAGAAAAUUUUAUUUGUUUAGA